AUGUGUCUAUACCAAAACUUUUGGUGCCCGGAAUUUAGCUUGGAGCCGGUGAUCGCCCUCCAGAAUCAUUUCGAAGCACACGAAUCCGACAUCUUUGUCAUCAACAUGCCAAAAACCGGCACAACUUGGUUCAAGUCUCUUUUAUACUCUCUCUUAAAGAGGUCGGACAACCGCCUUUCAAACACCCCAUUGCGAACCCAUAACCCGCAUGAGCUCAUCUUAAGCCUCGAGAUCACGAUCUAUGCCAAGGAUAAAACACCCGAUUUGACCAAUAUAACACCGCCAAGGCUAUUCUCAACCCACCUACCAUCUGCUUCUCUUCCGGAAUCAGUGAAAAAUUCGAAGUGUAAGAUCAUCUAUGUUACUCGCAAUCCCUUUGACACGUUUGUGUCAUCUUGGCAUUAUUACACGAAGUUGAAGAAUGUCAACAACAAUGCAGCUCAGCCUUCGGACAUAGACGAGUAUUUUGACAAGCUAAGGUCAACAUGGAGUGAGAGCUUGGAGAGGCCGGAGAAAGUAUUGUUUUUAAAGUACGAGGAUUUGAAGGAAGAUGGUGCAUUGCAGCUCAAGAGGGUGGCUGAAUUUGUAGGGUACCCAUUUUCGAAAGAGGAAGAAAAGCAAGGUAUGGUAGAAGAUAUAAUAAACCUUUGCAGUAUAGAGAGCUUGAAAGAAAUGGAGGUUAAUAAGAAUGGAAAAUGUGAUCCUGAUUUUGACAACAAAAGUUUCUUUAGGAAAGGGGUGGUCGGAGAUUGGGUUAAUUAUCUUACACCGGCUAUGGUUGAGCGCCUGUGUAAGAUCAGAGAUGAAAAACUGAAUGGUUCUGGGUUAAGUUUUUGUACUGCUACCGAACAUACCGAACUCUGA